AUGAGAGAAAACGGUGUGAACGCUCGACGGCAGGUCAACACCACGCAACACCAGCACCACCAGAGCACCAGGCCCGUCACCAGCACCACCAGCCGACCCCAGGCACCACCGAACGGCCACCACCACCACCACAACAAUCACCAAAGUCAACACCAGAUUGAUUCCAGGUCCCUGCAGAGGCCGAGAGGUGCACCACCACAGCGGGCCGAGCAGAGGUCAACUUACUCACUUCCCAGGGUCAAGGUCAUACUCAAGGUCACUCUCAAGGUCACACUCAAGGUCAAGGUCACAGCAAUUUUUUUUUUUUUUUUUUUUUGGGGGAGGGUAGACGAGAACGAAGCAAGAUCAGUAGCUCAGGAUGGCAGUGAGAGCAGUAGUACUUCAGACACCACGCCUGCUACAUCUUUCAGUCUCCACGCCACCACCGACCCCUCGAGUCUACGCAGCCCAGUGGCCGUGUGUGUCUUGGCGUUGGGCGUGACGUGCAGCAACGGUGGUAAUAGCAACGGGAAGCUUGAUGCACAGCACAGCACAGCACAGCACAGCGGAGAGAUUGGUGGUGAGUUGACGAUCCAAAGGCCUGACUCCACAGCGGUAAUGAGCCUUGUGUACCUUGCACUGUCUUCACUGACAACGCCCACUACUAACCCCUCUGCCUCCGCCACCGUUUCAAGAUCAGGGAAGGACUCUGCCUUGCAUCGCGCACUGUGAUGGUCGCCGCCCCGCCCCGCACCGCCGCCGCCGCCGCGCUGCUGCUGCUGCUGCUGCUGCUGCCGCUAAGGGAGAAUAGUUUGUUGAGUGGAUGACGGCGCGUUCACUGACCCUCUCCCCAUCACCCUACCAACUCCGGCCACCCACCCCCCUGCCACCAGACACCUGCUACACCACCACUACCGCCGGCUCCGUCCAGUGAAAGAUUCAUCGCAGACCUGCCAUUCAACGCCUGCCGCCGCCGCCACCACCACCACCACCUCCUUAUGGUGGUGUCACUGUACCUGGAGCUGUUGUCAUGAUUGAAUAAUAAAUUGUGAAGAAAU